CCCAAUAUCAUGUAACGUUAAAUGGCUACGUUAUCUUAUCUCCUUGGUGUUACGUCGAUUUUUUUCCGUACAUGAUUCAUGAUUACAGCUAGAAGGAGACUUGGUUGAUGUCUGAGUUCUGCUAUAAAUAAACUACAAUAAGCAACAUCGCUUCCAAUCGAUUUCUGAAACUAGUGUGAACCACUAUGGAUUAACUAUAAUUAACUAUACAACAACAAGUGUGUUUUUGUGACAACAAUGAUGGAUGGGAGUAAAGUUACCUGGCGGGAGCGGCCACUAUGAAAUGCAUUUUGACUUGUUGACAUGAUAGAACAAUGGAAAAUAGACUGAUGUCGUAAGUGCAGAAGAAAAAGGGCACUGGAAAGUGUGGCGUCAUUUGACGUGUAGUUUUAGGAUAUUAUGUAUUCGAGCAGUGUGACGUUCAAGUUCAUAGUUAUAUUGUCUGUUCUGACGAUACUCAAUAUGGCGUUUUUUGGAAUAACCUGGCAUAAGAAGAGUCAGUACUACGCAUGCUCAGUGGACAAUGUGAUAGAUGGUACGGCGAUGUAUAUCCGCAAAAAUGGCGCGCUCUCAUUGGAAGAAACUUUGCCGGAGUCGUGUAGGAAGUUUGAAGACAAAACGGACACAGAAGAAUCGUUUAACACUGCAGUAAAAAAGCUGGUCGAUUUCUGUAGAUCGACCAAUAAAAGUAGUAAAACCGCUGCUGCUAAUAUUUCAAAUCCUGUGAUAAUUCUGUUUACAACAUGGCCACGAGAUGCCUCCAAAGAUCAUAUCCAUACGUUAACAUUACGAAACUGGGCAAACCUUAAACCGAAAGUGGAAGUUGUUGUAUUCACAAAUUCUACAGAAGACGAAAAACUUGCAAAAUCAUUUGGUGCUAGAACGUUGCCCAUCCUGCGUCACGCAGGUGGUGGUGCUCCAGUUCUUAAGUGGAUGUUUCUAACUGUUAUGAAAACACACCCUUCUUCCAAACUUUUUGGCUAUGUAAAUGCGGAUAUUCUGUUUACAAAUAAACUAACAGAUACACUAGAGGCAGUUUUACGAAUAAAAAAUACGUCAAAACCUAUAUUUCUUGUUGGACGUCGCAUAAAUGUGGAACAUGUUUUACCAAAUGAAACCGAUUCAUUUUCAAGUUUGGAAAAGAUUUCAAAAGAAAGAGGCAAGUUAUUUUAUCCAAAUGCGGAAGAUUAUUUUAUAACCAAUGCAGCUUUCCCUUGGAAAAAGAUUAUUGACGUCGUUAUAGGACGUUUAGCCUACGAUAAUUGGAUUGUUGGUCACGUGAUAUGUAACAUGCGCAUUGACGUCAUUGAUCUAUCUGAAACGGUUCUUGCUGUGCACCAAACAACCAAAAACGGCGGAAAUUAUGAGGGGUUCAAGAAUAAACAUGCCCACUAUAAUAACGCACUUUUCAAAAAGUUAAGAAUCAUUCCAAUAUUUGAAACCGGUUUCACAAUAUGUUCUCAGGAAUUGACAAAGUAUAAUUUAUGUGGUGAUAUUUAUGUAUUUAAAAGACAGUCGUUUUGGGAAAAGUGUAAAUGCCCAACGACAGUUUUGUUCUAGUGCGUUUUUAGAUACAUGAAUUGCCUUGUACUUAAAGCAAAACUUUAUGUGUAAUUUCAUUUACGGGUUAUGUGACAGUGUGAAGUCAAACCUGUGGUAUUUACAAUAGAUGCAGAAAACUUG